AUGUCUGAAAAUUUGUGUCCAAUUUCUGAAACCUUUACGCCUCCGUUGUCUUCGUUCGUUCUCCUCGCUCCGUCUCCAAUGGCGGGUUUCAGUUCUCUAAUUCCUAGAACGCCUCUGAAACGGGCCGUCAGUGGAGCUACCGGAAACCUGGCGCCGCCGCUAGCUAUCGUUUCUUCCGUACGAAAUCUCUUCACCGGAGGAGGAUGUAAUGGAGGGUGCGAAAUGUCUGGGGAGCAAGGAAUGUUUUUUCAUUGCAAUGGAAUAAGUAAGCACAAAGCCAUUGGUAAUGCUGGCGCACUAACCGGUCCGUUUCAUCAUCUUCUCGGGGUCAACCAAACAACCAAGCUCGCCUUUUUAAGGGUCCAAUCGAUGAGCUAUCAGUUUGUGGCUGAUUCUCAUGUUUCUCCUAGGCGUCCUGCGAAAACCGAGGAUGAGCAAGAUUUUGCUGAUUCAUCGAACAAGGACAACGCUGAACCCCCUAGGAAACAUCCAAUUGGGGACAACAUACCCAAGAAGGAUAAAAUAAAGUUUCUUGUCAACACUCUUCUUGAUAUCGAAGAUGAUAAAGAAGCUGUUUACGGAGCUCUGGAUGCUUGGGUUGCUUGGGAACGCAAUUUCCCCAUUGCUUCCCUCAAAAUAGUAAUAGCUACUCUUGAGAAGGAACAUCAAUGGCAUCGAAUGGUCCAGGUGAUAAAGUGGAUCCUAAGUAAGGGGCAAGGGAACACGAUGGGGACAUACGGACAGUUGAUACGGGCGUUAGAUAUGGAUCGCCGAGCACAAGAGGCGCAUGCUAUCUGGCGAAAGAAAAUCGGGCAUGAUCUGCAUUCCGUGCCUUGGCAACUAUGCUUACAAAUGAUUCGCAUAUACUUCCGGAACAACAUGUUACAGGAACUUGUUAAGCUGUUUAAGGAUCUGGAGAGUUAUGACCGUAAGCCUCCGGAUAAACACAUUGUGGAGUCGGUGGCGGAUGCUUAUGAGCUUUUAGGAAUGCCUGAGGAAAAAGAAAGGGUAUUGACCAAAUAUAGCAAUCUUUUUCUCGGUAAAGCAUCAGAUGAUCAAUCAAGAAGAGCUUCCAGGAAGAAUAAGAAGAAACCAGGUGUGAGCAAUGCUGAAGUAACCACAGAAGACGCAGUAGCAAAAGCUGAGUUACUCUAG